ACGCGCUCCAGGGGGUGGGGACGCAAGCUCACGACUGCUGAAUGACAAAUCGACUGGGGACAGCUGGGGUCCGGCCCCAGGACGGGGCGGGGCGCGCGUGAGAGCGGCGAGUCUGGUUGUGCGCACGGCCAGAGCGGCGGUGGGACUGGUUUCCCAGCUCCCCAUCUGGGCCAUCUGUCCGUGUGCCAUCACCUCAGACCAGCAGGAUGGCUGCCAACAAGGGCAAGAGCCAGGGCUCCCUGGCCCUUCACAAAGUUAUCAUGGUUGGCAGUGGAGGAGUCGGCAAGUCAGCCCUGACGCUUCAGUUCAUGUAUGAUGAGUUUGUAGAAGACUAUGAACCCACCAAAGCUGACAGUUACAGAAAGAAGGUGGUCCUUGAUGGAGAAGAGGUCCAGAUAGACAUUCUGGACACAGCCGGCCAGGAGGACUACGCAGCCAUCCGAGACAACUACUUCCGAAGUGGAGAGGGCUUUCUGCUUGUGUUCUCCAUCACAGAGCAUGAGUCCUUCACUGCCACAGCCGAGUUCAGGGAACAGAUCCUGCGAGUCAAGGCCGAGGAAGAUAAAAUCCCACUGUUGGUCGUGGGCAACAAGUCUGACCUGGAGGAGCGGAGGCAGGUGCCUGUGGAUGAGGCCCGGGGCAAAGCGGAGGAGUGGGGCGUGCAGUAUGUGGAGACAUCAGCCAAGACCCGUGCCAAUGUGGACAAGGUGUUCUUUGAUCUGAUGAGAGAAAUCCGAGCAAAGAAGAUGUCGGAAAACAAGGACAAGAAUGGCAGGAAGAGCAGCAAGAGCAAGAAGAGCUUCAAAGAGCGUUGCUGCUUGCUGUGAGCUGGGCGAUCAGAGCAUCAGAGCGCAGAGUUGGCCGAGCUGCAGAACGUGAGGCCAGAGGUGGCCUCCAGUCUGGCUUCGCUCUCCACAGCCACACUCACUGUCACUCCUUUAAAUGGGACCGAUAUCUGUGCAUCGGUGGCUGGCAGAAGAAAAACACCUUUGUGCAGUAGAUCUGUUAACUUUGGCAGGAGCUUUGAGAAUCUGCCCCCCUUCCCACCCUCCCUGAAUCGUGACAGCCACCAGCUCUAGGGACCUGUGCUGGAGAUCCCAAACAACUGAGUUGGGAUGAUAAGAAAAGUAUUGUCAUUAGCAUCUUAUUCUCCCUAGUUUUAGACAUAACCAUCUUUUGUUUGAAAAUUAAAAUGCCUUAUUUUAGCUGGGCAUGGUGGUCCCAGCACUUUGGAGAGUAAGGCAGGAAGGGUAGCCCCAGUUCAAGGCCAGGCUGGGCUACCUAGCAAGACCCAGUCUCUAAAAGAAAAAAAUUAAUGUCUUAUUUUCUUAGUUUUAGAAAAGGGUCUCUGGUAAGACCCCUUGCCAGUUCUUAUCAGUUCAGAAGUACACAGAGAAAUCUAAGCUCUGGUAAUAGUGAAAACACAGCCGUGGAAGCAGAGCUAGAAAGGUGAGUUUCACUUGGGCCAGGGAUGCUGAAAAGCCUCCUGGCAUCUGGAGUGAAAGUGGGAUGUUGUUCUCUUCUUAUUUAAAUGCCAGCCAGGUGCUGGCUGUGGGCUUUCUCUCCUCAGCACUCUAUUUAGUGAGGGAACUUUCUUUGGGGGAGAUGCAGGCCUGUGCUCCAUAGUGGGCUUGCUUUUUCUGGCUAGGUCAUUUUCAUAUCUUCUGUCCCCUCCCACACCAGCCAUAUCACUGGUCCCUCUCCACUCCUCGCCCAACAGUCCUACUCUUUUAUUCCCUUUUCUUUCUUCUGAGAGAUGUGACCAGUUCGAAUUAUGUCCCGGAACAUAAAGCCAGUGCCAGCACCAGCCGGUCUGCUUCCUCUACAGACACCAGGUAACUCCCAAUUUACAAGUAGAAUGGCCAUAGCCUGUACCUCCCUGGCAGCUGGCUGGUUCUGGUGGCACUGAGAUGAACCCACUCUCUCGUCAUGGGGAAGGGGACACUGGGACAGCAGGCUGCCACUGAGCACACACAUUCCUCCCAUUUUUCAGAAGUGAAUGUUUCAUGUUUAGGUGCCGAAUGUGAAUUUGGGUGGGGAGAGCAGGAGCCCUUCGCAUAGAUGGUUUUACAGAGGUUGUGGGAACUGAGAUCUGAUCCCUCGAAACUGAUCUUGUGUCACUUCCAAAGAAUCAUGGGCUUUUUUGAAUAAUAAAAAAAAAAAAGCAAAAUAUGCUUUUCAGGAUUUCCCGAUUUUGCCUGCGUGCCACCACAUGGAAUGCUUUCAUGGAAAGAAAUUAGCAGGUAGAGUUAUUUUUAGCUGAUGUGCCUUGGUAUCAGACAAACAUUACUUCAGUGAAUCCCAUGGGCUGGGAAACACAACUAUAAAUAUAAACAAUAAUUGUAACUUCAUCUCUCUUUUGGGAGGCAUCUCCAUCCUCCUUAAAAUAUAAAACCUUGAAGAUAAUUACACUUGAGUGCUAACAGGAAGCCCUGUCAGUUAAAGAUUUCGCUGACAUAAAAACAUGCACAUGAGGCUGGAGAGAUGGAUCAGCAGUUAAGAUUACCCAGUGCUCUUCCAGGGGACCAAGGUUCAAUUCCCAGCACCCACAUGUUAGCUCACAACUAUAACUCCUGUUCCAGGAGGUCUAACACAGACAAACAUGCAGGCAAAAUGCCAGUUCAUAUAAAAUAAGAAUGAAUAGAUAAAUUUAAAAAAAUUAAGAGCACAUGCUACAAAAUCAUGAGGGCCUAGGUUUGAAUCCCCACACAGAUAUAAAAAAGCCAGGUGUGGCUUUGUGCAGGUCUGUAACCACAGUGCCAUGGGAGUGGAGACAGGAGGCUCGCUGGGGCUUGCUGGUGGUUGCCAGCCAGUCUCCAGGUCCAGUGGAGACCCUGUUUCAAAGGAAUGAGAUGGGGAAUGAUAGAGCAAGAUACCCUACUUCUUCCUUGUAAACACAGUUACACACACAUACCACAAACCUGUUCUACACAUAGACACAUGUAAAACAUCAAAGAUAACGCUGCCUAUUAAAUGAACCCAUGUUGGUUUCACUGACAUAAAUGUACUUAUUAAGCUA